GUUCGCGCCGCGUGACGCGCGUCGCGUCUCCACAGAUAUCGUACUCUUUGAUGUAAAAUUGUCUACAGUACCUACGUACCUCUCUAAUUAGAGAAAAACCUAUAUUGUGUAGUGAAUAUUUAUGAUAUUGUAGUGUAGUUCUCGCUAGUGCCAUAUGAAAUCGUAGUUUGUGUUUAUUCGCUUGUUUAUAAGAUUUUAUGUGAAAGUGCAAUAUCGUUUUUAUGUCAUGCUGAUGACUGCCUGAAAUACAAAAGUGCCAUUUUAGUGUUAUAGUGAAAGUGAUCUCAGUAACGACGAGGCGACUAACCACCAAAACUUGGCUGUUUUUGUCUAAAAUUUAAACAAAAUACAACACUAUUGCACAUCAACAUGCCCCGCGGCCGGGACGAAAUGCAAGUAAACGUGGCGGGCCUAAGGAGAAAUAUUAAAAACCUCGCGCACAACUAUUCCGAUGCCCAGGUAAAAGUGCGCGAGGCGACAUCAAACGACCCAUGGGGCCCUUCAAGCACGCUGAUGGCGGAGAUCGCCGACCUCACGUACAACGUGAUGGCGUUCACAGAAAUCAUGCAGAUGAUCUGGAAGAGGCUCAACGACCACGGCAAGAACUGGCGGCACGUAUACAAGGCGCUGGUGCUCAUGGAGUACCUCAUCAGGACCGGCAGUGAGAAGGUGGCGAUGCAGUGCAAAGAGAAUAUCUUCGCAAUACAUACGCUUAAAGAUUUCCAAUAUAUGGAAGAGGGGAAAGAUCAGGGUCAAAACGUUCGCGAGAAGGCGAAAUCAUUAGUGAACCUGUUGAAAGACGAAGAGAGACUAAAGAACGAGCGAGCGCGCGCCCUCAAGGCGAAGCAGAGGUUCGCGCAGAGUGCCAGCGCCUUCGGCAGCGACGGCGCGCUCGACACGCCCAGCAGCCCCUCCUACCCAGCCUUCGGCAGUGAAGGCGCGCUAGGAGGGCUGGACUCCAGUCCGUACCCCACGCUGAGCGGCUCGGGCGCGGAGUGGUCGGGGCGCGAGGCCGAGCUGGCGCGCCCGCUCACCGCCGGCGAGGAGGAGCUGCAGCUGCAGCUGGCGCUCGCCAUGUCGCGCGAGGAGGCCGAGCGGGACGAGCGCCGCCGCCGCUCCGACGACGUCCGCCUGCAGCUCGCCAUCAGCCAGUCGCAGCAGGACUUCCAGACCACAGACGGCCUGCCGCCGCCUAAGAAGGGCCAGUCGUCGUCCCAACAGUCCCACCUGCUGGACCUGCUGGACGUCAACCUCAGCAGUCCGCCGUCCACCGCGCCGCCUCCACUAGUGGACCCGUGGGCCGGAGAACAACCUAGACCGGAGACAUCGUCAGACGCGUGGUCUGCAGUAGGCAGCCCCGCGAAGGACCCGUGGGCACCCGCCGCGCCCGCCGACCCCUGGGCGCCCGUCGCGCAUGCGAAGUCCCCUGUAUCUGUCCUGUCGUCGCCUUCGUCGUCGGAGCUGGAGCAGUUCGACGCACUGUCGCAGCGACCUCGGAACAACCUCAACAACAACACCGAGCCCGACCCCUUCGACCUCACCGCGUUAAGUGACAGUCUGACUCCGAAGCCGUCGUCCCCGGCGGGCGCGGCGGGCAUGAAGAAGUCUCCGUCCGCGUUCCUGGGCGAGAACUCGUCGCUCGUGAACCUCGACCGCCUGCUGCAGCCGGCCGCCGCCGACCUGGCGCCCGCCCACAACCCCUUCGCGGACCCCGCGCCGCCCCCCGCGCGCCCCGCCGCCGCCAUGUUCACGCAGCCACCACCGGCGCGGCUAACUAUGAACGAGUUGAAACAGCAACAGAUGGGUCUCACGGGACUCAACUUCGGCACGGCUUCCCCAGCGUUUGGGGCGCCAGCUCCCAUGCCUACCAUGGCAGCUCCGCUGGCGCCCAGUGGGAUAGCGGGUGGCAUGCCGACGGGCGGGCUGGCGCCCAGCCUGGCGCCCGCGGGCGUGGCUCCCGGCGCGGACCCGUGGGCGCCCGUGCCGGCGCCGCGCUCGACGUCGCCGUGGUCGCCGCCGCACCAACGUCACACGCCCAACCCCUUCCUCUCCUAGCCGCUCCCCACACUGGGUUCAAGAUAACGCGGGGCGCGUCGCGUGCGCCGGUCCCGCGCCGGGCCGUACGGCGCGCGGCCGGCGCCGGGCGGGCCGGACCGGGGCCGGGGCCGGGUCCGGCGGCCCGCCCACAAACUGUUCUACUACCACGACUACGUGUACUUGACCAAAUCAUAAAGUGUACCCCACUGUCGCGAGAACUUGUACCGAACAAUAUAUUAUUCCUCAGUCGCCGCUUUAUGGAAUUAGUAUUUGUGUUUCUUUUGUACGUCCUAUAUAAACGAUCACCAAUUUUGAUUACCAAUAAAAUGUAUGUAUAUUAAUUGUAUUUGUUGUAAUAAGUAAUUACGCAAUGGUGUGUGGUAUAAUCAUGUGAAAUUAUGUUCUAAUAAUAUAUUGUGGACUCAUAUGGUGGUAGGUAGAUGCGGGUGUCGACGACAUCUUCAACUGAAAAAUUUGGUGACAAAAAAAAUACAAAAUAAAUUAAUUUUAUAGAAAAAAAAUGUAUAAAAUGUACGACGGAUGCUAUUUAAAAAAAUGUAAUAUAAUGAAUAAGAUUUUUUAUUAUAAAAGGAGACGUGUUGAGUAAUGUUGCGUGCUCAGCGAAUGUAUGUUCCGUUAGUGUGGAUGUGUCGACACCCACUGACUGUAGUCGCAGUAUACAUAAUGUAAAAUGAAAUGUCUUUUAUUAAUAGACUGGAUAAUGCUGUGAGCUGUCGUGUAAUAUAUGUAGCCGAGCCUGUCUGUCUGUGCGUCGCCGGCGCACAUAGGUUACGCUAGGAAAUUAUUCGUAAUUUUAUAUUGUACAAACAUCUGAGUAACUAAUUGAGAUUGUACAGUUUCCGAUUGAAUAAAGUAUAUAGUUGUAAAGUGGUCGUGUCAUGUGCUUAUAUCUUCAAAGUAAAUGUAAUGAACUUUUACAUUUAAAAGUAAAUAAGGCAAUAAAUCUACAUAAUUGUAAUAAUCUACUUGUAUGUAAUAUUAAUCGAGCCUGGUUAAAUCAGGCUCGCGAAGGCUAGACUGUAAUAUUGCUGCGCACGCACAGACAGACAGUACAUAGUGAACUAGCAUAUAUAUAUAUAUAUAUAUAUAUAUAUAUAGUGAAGUAGCGGCAAUAGUGUUAACGUUUGGGGCCGACGUCGACCGCUACACAUCCGCGAUACUUGUACAAUGUUCUCGAAUACUUGAGAAUCUAAAUCUGACGUCAUCUGUGGCGAUGUCCGCGGCUAAAUUAUAAGCAAUACGUGUGUAAUAGUUGCACACUUGUGCCCGAUAAUAAUAUGUUAAAGACACCAAACACUUGGCUGAGUAUGACGAGCUGUGUGGGUCGUGCUCUCACGUAGAGGCUGUGUGCAUCGUCACUGCUCGCGCCCCACUCGGGUGGUUAGGGUUUGGUAAGGCGCUUGGUGAGGUUCACCGAGUGACCCAUGUAUCCCGCGUCCACCAAGGCAUUACCCAGAUGUCGGAUAGUGAGGCUCGGUGAAACUCAUCAAGUGGUUGUCGCGACGACUAAGGUGACAAGUUGUUAUUCGUGCCUUAGUAAAGUUUUGUAUUACAGUAAUUGUAUUGUACGUCGCCCUCCACUUCUCUUCUCCCCCCCUCUCAAACCUGUGUUAAGAUCAUGGAGGUAACGGGCUGCGUACUCGUGACGUACUCGGUACAAUACAAGACUGGGGUGAAUGUAACUUACGUUUGUAUUGUGAUUUGUUACAAUUCCCGAGUCUUGGUUGUUAAGUUCAUUCCGAAUUAUGUCCAUGAUCUGUGCACAAUUAUAAUUACAUUACUCUGAAGUCACAAAUCUCUUGGAGAGCUACUUCUCGAGGGCUGCUGACCUCUACAAAGGAGCAAUCUUGAAUAUACGGUUUCAAGAGAAAAGUUAUUUGUCCAACAAAUUGUUCACUAUUUUCGCAUUUUUACGUAAACAUUUAUAAAGUUCAUUAUACUUUGAAAUACACGAAGAAACAUUUUGUAAACAAUUUUUAUGUCAUUCGGUUAGGAGAUUUUUCUCACUUGGAUAUUGUUUGACAAAUUCCUGUGUUUGCAAUAGCUAAACAGCACACACUGGGUGUACCGGCUUGUAGUAACGAAUGACUGAGCCGCGCCCACUCCACAGGAAUGCGUUCAUAGCGUAUAUGUAUGGUAUAUAUUUAUUUCCUCAUUAUUAUAGUAUUCGACGUAUUAGAGAAAUUAUUUACGUUUAGAUUACACGCUCGCUGUGUUGCCACGCGCGAAACAAAAUCACCUCCUUGCCAGAUAAGAAAUCGCAUUUAUAUAAUUUUACUUUAUAUUCAUUUGUUGAUAAAUAGUUGACUACAGUUUCUAAAGCUGCUCGUGCCGGUAACACAGUGUACGUUUGUUUUUUUUCGCUUAUUAACUAGCAGGUUGAUAUGGUUAUUGUUUAUCCGUUGUUUAGAUGAAUUAUAAUUUUUAUUUUUAAUAUUAUUUCUUGACCAUUAAAUGCAUCGAUGCUAAUUCAACGUGUCACUAGCUAGGGAGAAACUGUAAAGAUUAAUGUAACUAUUUAAUUAAAAUAUAUAAGUUUUUCAAUACA